UUUCUCAGCUGAUGCACGCCCACACUUCUGAUUCAUAAUCGGUGCCUACACAUCGAACUAGUGUGGAUCAAAUAUUCCCUGGAUAGCCAGAGGCAGCAAAAGACACAUCAGCGAAAAUCCCUUAAAGUUCUUUGGAAAUAAACAAACAAGGACCAUGGAGUUGGAUAUCUCUUUUCCAAUCAGCACCGCAGACGACUUUUAUGAUGAUCCGUGUUUCGACACCAGUGACAUGCAGUUUUUUGAGGAUUUGGAUCCCAGGCUGGUACACGCAGGUCUGUUAAAGCCAGACGACCAUCAGCAGAAUGAAGACGAACACAUACGUGCACCAAGCGGGCACCACCAAGCUGGUAGAUGCCUAUUGUGGGCAUGCAAAGCCUGCAAAAGGAAAACCACCAACUCAGAUCGCAGGAAAGCUGCAACUAUGCGUGAGCGGAGGCGGCUGUCGAAAGUCAAUGAUGCAUUUGAGAGCCUGAAGAGAUGCACGUCUACAAAUCCGAACCAGAGGUUGCCAAAGGUCGAGAUCCUCAGAAAUGCCAUCAGUUACAUCGAAUCUUUACAGUCCUUGCUUCGGGGGGGAGGACAAGAAGACAACUAUUACCCAGUGAUCGACCACUACAGCGGCGACUCUGACGCAUCCAGUCCGAGAUCCAACUGCUCUGAUGGCAUGGCUGACUUCACUAGGCCAUCUUGCACUUCAAGGCGAAGGAACAAUUAUGACAGCGCUUACUUCAGCGAAACACCAAAUGAUUCCAGAAACAACAAAAACACAGUUAUUUCCAGUCUGGACUGUCUAUCAAGCAUUGUGGAGAGGAUCACCACAGAAACCUCUCCCUGCCCCACUGUCCAGGAGGGCUCUGAGGGUAGUCCAUGCUCCCCUCAGGAGGGAUCCGUGUUGACUGAGCCAGUUGCGCCCCUCCCGUCACCUACCAGCUGUAUCCCUUCUUCGCACGAUCCCAACCCAAUUUAUCAAGUGUUGUGAGGAUACCGGCGUCUGAGACAGAGGAGAAGCCAACGGGCGAAGUGACUUUACAUUCUUCAGGACGAACUUAUUCCUUUACACACAUAACAGUUUAUACACUUGCCUUUGAGGUGUCAGCUAAAUUAACGAUUGCGUCCUUUUCAUGUCGGCCUAUAGCAAGUCCACGUUGUCCAGUAUCUUAAAUUAACAUUAUUCCUGUUUAAUCGUCAGCAAUGAUACGUCUUUGUCGAUGUAUGUAUGGAUGCACUGUGUCAAUGUCUGAGUGCUAUAAUUCUCUUUUGAGGACUGAAAAAUAGGUGGCACUAAAUUAAGUAUGUUAAGUAUGAAAUCAAUAAGAAAUUAAGUAUGUUUUUGACAGUUGCCCUUGCAUUUAGACAGAAAUAAUUGCACGUGAGGAAUGUACUUCUGGCUAGUAGCAGUGAUGACCAAUAGCUCAUUUUCAACAUUAAUAAUAAUUUAAUCUUUCGAUUCCUCUGCUUGGUAAAGAUUUCACACGAUAAUGAAUAGAACAUGAGGACCAUUUGUGUAUAUUUGUAAAUAAGAAAAUCUGCUGAAAAUCAAACACAAUCUUGACUUAUUUAAUGUUGCUUGUUGAAAAAUGCUUGUAUUGUUGUGCCAAAUGUUAAACUUUAUAUUUAUAAAAAACGAGUGUAUGUCAACAUUUUACUAAAUAAAUAUUUAUACGGAUUACCUUA